AUGACACGGACUGUUGCUUGUAUGUCGUGCGCCAAACGCAAGGUGCGCUGCGAUCGACAAGAGCCGUGCUCUCACUGCAAGCGACGGAAGAAAGAGGACUGCACCUACCCCGGUACCUCGCCGGCAGUCCGAGUUAGGCACCUGGAAGCGCUCGUUCGAAGGCUCGGUCAUAGCCCCGAUGGUGAAGAGGUCGCUUCCAAUGAUGUGCCGGCCGAGGCCAGCUCUACACAAACCCGGCACCGAACUCGGUCAUCCCCAACUCAAGAUAAUCGGUGUCCUCGUCGAAACUCUCCUUUCAUUGGGACUGUCCCAAACAAUGACCCGGCGGUUGUGGAAGAGGAUGGGGAAAGAGUUUAUCUCGAAGCAUCAACAUGGCACAGCUGGGACCAGAGACCCCGGCGAACAAUAUAUUCGCAGGCAUCACAGCAAAAAACCUCGAUGAGGGCGUGCAUACCUACUCAGCCUAGUCUCAGUGCUCUGCAGAACAUCAUUCAGCCUAACUAUACCAUCGAAUUUGCGAGGCGACACCCUGCCUCUGAUAUAGCCACUGUGUUAUGGAGAGCCUACAAUCGCAAUGUGAACCCUCUAGUGAAGAUCGCAUUCCAGUGGGAGCUUGACCAGAUGCGUACAACAAGUCUAUCCAAUAAUUCAUCCAAAGAAUUCCUUCCCCAGGAGCACGCCCUCUUCUUUUCGAUCUAUCUGAACAGCGUUGCCAGUCUUUCUGAAAAGGAGUGCUUGGAGUCAAUUGGCCAGCAGAAACAAUAUUUGUUGUCUGAAUAUCGAAUGCUACUCGAGAAUGCACUUGCACGAGCGGACUUCCUUGGACGAUCUGAGUUGAUACUUGUCCAAGCUUCGAUUUUCUACAUCUCGGCAUCGUUGGAUGAUAUCAGUACGCGGAGCCUCUGGUCCUUCAUGGGAAUAGUGGUUCGCCACGCUGAAAGAUUAGGUCUUCACCGUGAUGGCACAAUCCUGAAUAUGACACCCACGGAGACCGAAAAACGGCGGCGCAUCUGGUGGCAGCUGCAGCACUUGGACAUAGCCCUAGCAGUUAGGUCGGGCUCUAUUUCACUCGUCUUGAUGGCCGAUUGGGAUGUCAAAAUGCCCUUAAACAUUGAAGACGAGGACAUUAGCCCAACAGCAAUCGACUUUCCCCCAGAGCGCAAAGGACUCACAAGCAUGUCAUAUUGUUUGUGGACGUACUACGUGCUAGAGAAACAACGCUCUUUCAGAAGACCGGACGGCAGUCGUGUGGGAGGAUCUUGGCAGGCUGACCGGACUUUGCCUCGUCGACAGAGAAAAUUAUUCAUCGAUGAACUUGAAGAUGGCAUUAAUGACACAUUCGUUCGAUUCUGCGACCCGAUAAAACCACUCGACCUUUUGAUUCUCAUCGUUACAAGGUCCUUCACAUGGGGAAUGCGCCGUCUGAUUCUGCACUCGGAUGAAUUGACAAGUGAUGCGUCUGAUUACAACGACAGUUACGAAAAAGAUCUUCUGGCCGCUUGCUCUCGCUGUCUUGAAUACGACAUUUAUUUGCAUUCUCAGCGGAUAAUCGAAAGAUUCUACUGGCGUACGACGAGUUUUUUCCCAUGGCAUGCUUUUGUUUACGUGAUAAGCGAAGCGUCACGAUAUUGCGAAGGGACUGAAGAAACCUGGGACCUAUUAAGCAGACUUUACUCUGCUAAUUCGCAUCUGCGUAGCUUCAAAGAUGACAAAAGGAAGCCCCGGGCUGCAGAAUUGAUUCUCACGGCAUGGCAAGCAUAUGAGAGUUCCUACGCAGAACACCGACAAAAAAAGCCCCAGCGACCGAUCUUUCUUUCCGAGUUGGAAACGCUGCUAAUUGCUGAUCAAGCUCACGUUUCAGACGCCAAUGUCACGCUUUCCUCUAGUCCGAGAGGCACCACGGCGAAUGCACUUCGCCAAGAAGAUUCGCGUUUUGCAGAAAAACCGGAGACUAGGUACCCCGAUGCCGAGAAAAUCCCUGCGGCAGAUUCUGCCUUAAAUUUUAUGUUUGAUCUGGACUCGAAUGAGAUCGACUGGUCCUUUUGGAGAAAUUGGGAGUGA